UCCUAUAACAGUAAAUCUGAGCCCAAAAAGGAAAAGAAAAAGGACAAAGAAAAGGACAAAGAAAAAGGUGCAAAGGACAAAAAGGAAAAAGAAAAUAAAGAUAAUGGAAAAGAAAAGGAUAAAAAAGAACCUGAGAAGGAGAAAGAAAAGACAGAUAAAGACAAAGAUAAAGAUAAGGAUAAAGAGCCAAAGAAAGAAAUCUAUGUUAUUGACCCAUCUGGGAAUGCUUAUUACAACUGGCUAUUUUGCAUUACAAUGCCAGUAAUGUACAACUGGACCAUGAUUAUUGCAAGGGCAUGUUUUGAUGAACUUCAGCAAGACUAUUUGGAAGUAUGGUUCGUACUCGACUAUUUGUCUGAUGUAAUCUACAUAGCAGACAUGUUUGUGAGAACAAGAACAGGUUAUUUGGAACAAGGUCUAUUGGUAAGAGAUGAAGGCAAACUAAGAGACAAAUACAAAAAGACGUUACAAUUUAAGCUUGAUGUUUUGUCAAUCAUACCAACAGACAUACUGUAUUUCAAAUUUGGACUAAACUACCCAGAGCUCAGGUUAAAUAAAUUAUUCCGAGUUGCUCGAAUGUUUGAGUUUUUCCAACGAACUGAGACGCGGACCAACUAUCCAAACAUCUUUAGAAUAUCUAACCUCAUCAUGUACAUCGUAAUCAUUAUCCACUGGAAUGCUUGUGUAUACUACUCCAUUUCAAAAGCUAUAGGGUUUGGAGAAGAUACGUGGGUCUACCCUAACACCUCACACCCAGAAUAUGGCCGUUUGGCUAGAAAAUACGUUUACAGUCUCUACUGGUCAACACUAACCCUAACAACCAUCGGUGAAACACCACCACCUGUGCAAGAUUCUGAAUUCUGGUUUGUGGUUGCUGACUUCUUAGUGGGAGUAUUGAUUUUCGCUACUAUUGUCGGUAACGUUGGUUCCAUGAUUUCAAACAUGAAUGCUGCUAGGGCAGAAUUCCAAGGCAGAAUUGAUGCCAUCAAACAGUACAUGCAUUUCCGUAAAGUCAGUAAAGAUUUGGAAAAAAGAGUAAUUAAGUGGUUUGACUAUUUGUGGACAAACAAAAAAGCUGUUGAUGAAAGAGAAGUGUUGAAAUACCUACCAGACAAACUAAGAGCAGAGAUUGCUAUCAAUGUCCAUCUAGAUACAUUGAAAAAAGUCCGUAUCUUUGCAGAUUGUGAAGCUGGACUUUUGAUUGAAUUGGUCUUGAAGCUGCAACCUCAAGUAUAUAGUCCUGGAGAUUACAUUUGUAGGAAAGGUGAUAUUGGGAGGGAAAUGUACAUCAUCAAAGAGGGUAAACUUGCUGUUGUAGCAGAUGAUGGUAUUACACAAUUUGUGGUUUUAAGUGAUGGCAGCUACUUUGGAGAAAUUAGUAUUCUUAAUAUUAAAGGCAGUAAAGCUGGUAACAGAAGAACAGCAAAUAUCAAAAGUAUUGGAUAUUCUGAUCUCUUCUGCCUGUCCAAAGAUGACCUUAUGGAAGCUUUGACAGAAUAUCCUGAUGCAAAAGCCAUGCUAGAGGAAAAAGGAAGGCAAAUUUUAAUGAAGGAUGGCCUUCUUGAUUUAGAUGUUGCUAACUCUGGCAUUGACCCCAAAGACAUUGAGGAGAAGGUAGCUCACAUGGAAGGUUUGGUAGAUAACUUGCAAACCAAAUUUGCUAGACUGUUGGCAGAGUAUGACUCAGCGCAACAGAAACUUAAACAGAGAGUUUCCAAAAUUGAGAACAUGUUAAAGCCUGAGCCUGAAGUUUUGGAGGCUGCAGAUCCAGAAGCAGCAAAGCAAGAAACCGAGCCACCGCCAAAAGGAUAA